AAUGGCACAUUGUUCUUGUGAAUCUUUUUUCUCUCCCAGAAAGCCUGUUGAUAAUAGCAUAGCAGCCCCUAAGGGAAAGAAUAGGAGGUGAGACAGCAGGGGGUGAGAGACGUCAAUCUGUUUUGAUAAAACCAAAGCAGGUGAAGAAAUGAUUAAUUCAGAGGUGGCAGAAAAUUUCAUGCUAAAUGUCUACAAGGAGGUAUACCAAGGAGAAACAAACCCACUUGACAUAGACACUGUGAGCCUGGUCCUUUGUGCAGGCUGUCUCCAAGGAAAAGAGAAGGUGUGUGGCUGAAAACAGGAUUAAAGUCCAAGUUCAGGGACUUCCCUGGCAGUCCAGUGGUUAGGAUUCCAGCUUUCACUGCGGAGGGCACAGAUUAGAUACCUGGUGGGGGAACCAAGAUGCCACAGGCCCGGCAAUGCAGCCAAAUAAUAAAAGUCUGUGUUCAGAGAGGUUGGAUGUCCAGGAACCCUAUCUCACUGGAGGAAGCCAGAUGACUUCCUUACCCAUCCCGCAGAAGGAGUUUAUUUUAUGGGUCAACUGAACUAAGGAAGGCCCAGAUGAAGGCUGGGUUCUACAGCACUUAAACAAGGGAAUUGGGUGAAAGUCUUUUUGAUUGCAGAAUGUCAACCCUCUUCUCCCAUUUGGUCUCCUUACAUCAGUACUCAAGGCAUACACUGCCCCUCCCCCAUCCCCAAGCACGGACAAACAGACAGAUUGGAAGAUUAUUCUCUGAAGAAACCAUGUGGUACUGGAGGAAAGAAAUCCAGGUACACUUGGGCACUCUAAAGAAAAGACCAGGUCACUAUUUUCUAUGGCAAUGAAGUCUACCUGAUGACAAACACAUCUAUCCAUGCACCAUCUGCUUUUAGAAGCCUCACUUUAAAAUAUUAGCUGAUAGCCAAAGGAUCAAAGAAAGCUUUCAAAAUGAGUCAUUUAAACACUUUAUGCCCUCCCCAUUUUGUUUUUAACCCCCAAAGUAAAAAUACCGCCUAGGGCUUAGAACCUAAACUUGAAGAGCAUUGGAUUAUAAGCAUCUGGGGGGAAAAAGUGUCCUGGCAGCGGUACCCUCACUGAUGGCCCAAACCACAUCUUGCCUACUAGGUCUGUGGUCAAAUUACACCCAGAACUUCUGUUGCACAAAGCUGCAUGGCUCCUCAACGAGAGCCCGGAAGCACCAGAACCACACAGCUCUUUUCUAUCAACUUUCUUAGCUAUAUAUAAAUACCUCUUUUCCAAGCCGAUUGUACAAGGCCGUGCCCUACCUCUGGAAAUAAGGGCUCUGCGUCACUAUCGCGCAGGGAUCCAGGCCCAGAGCCUCGGGGAUGUUGCCACGAAAUAAGGCUUCUGUCCGCCUCAGGCCUCCCUUCCAGUCCCCAGGAGAGAGGCGCGGCGGUCGGCACCUUUGCGGAGCCGCCGUUCCUCUCCCGACGCGACUGAGAGUUUUCUGACCUGAGGCGAUUGAGAGUUUUCUGACCAGUAGAAUACACCGACAGUCAGGUAACAACCACCCCACCCCCCGCCCCCACAGCGUGUUUGUUGUUUUCUCUAUUAUAAACCUUUGUCUCUGAAGGUUGACCUUUGACUCCAGGCGCGAUCAACUGGGAGCACCUCCCAUUUUGUUUGGCCGAGUAGAAAAUGCGCGAGGCCGGGGUCUAGCCGUAAGGGAAGGCAUUUCUUCCUUCGCUGCAGCAGCGCCUAGAGUUUCUGCGCCUAAUCUCAGGAAUUUAUCGAAUCGCUUUCAACUGCUGUAUUGUAAUUCAUUUGAAGUGUUUAUCUAGUCCGUUCUCGAGCCCGCGGGGGCUAGGACGGCCCGGCUGAGUGGAGCUAACAGGCGGCGGAGCUAACAGACCGCCGCGUCGGGGGUCCGGCGGUCACGCGGCGCGAGGAGCGGCGCGCGCUGGGCCACCGCCGGGGGUUAGCGCUGGGCCACGGUGCGCGGGGAUGGCGGCCCGAGGCCUAAUCUGGGGUUAAGCGGCUACUCCCGCCGGGGAGAGACAGCCAAGAGUAGGGGGUGGGACACAGGACGCCCGUCUGAAACUCCAGAGAGUGGACUCCGCGGAGACCGGCGGGUGGGCGAACAUGAAGUCCAGUCCUGCUAUCCAGGCUGCCAUCGACCUCACCGCGGGGGCCCUGGGGGGCACAGCGUGCGUCCUGACCGGGCAGCCCUUCGACACUAUGAAGGUGAAGAUGCAGACAUUCCCCGGCCUGUACAAGGGCCUCACCGACUGUGCCCUGAAGACGUACUCCCAAGUGGGCUUGCGGGGCUUCUACAAGGGGACCGGCCCCGCGCUGCUGGCCUACGUCGCCGAGAACUCGGUCCUCUUCAUGUGCUAUGGCUUCUGCCAACAGUUCGUUAGGAAAGUGGCUGGACUGGACGAGCAGGCGAAGCUGAAUGAUCUGCAAACUGCGGCCGCGGGCUCCAUCGCCUCAGCGUUUGCCGCGCUGGCCCUGUGCCCCACUGAGCUCGUGAAGUGCCGGCUGCAGACCAUGCACGAACUGGAGAUGUCAGGGAGGAUAGCCAAAAGCCACGAUACAGUUUGGUCCGUCGUGAAGAGUAUCCUUAGAAAGGAUGGCCCCUGGGGCUUCUACCACGGACUCACGAGUACUCUGUUUCAAGUAGUACCAGGCUAUUUCUUCUUCUUCGGUGGCUAUGAACUGAGCCGAUCAUUUUUUGCCUCGGGGGGGUCAAAAGAUGAACUAGGCCCUGUCCCCUUGAUGUUAAGUGGUGGAAUUGCCGGCAUUUGCCUUUGGUUUGUCAUAUACCCCGUGGAUUGUAUCAAAUCCAGAAUUCAGGUUCUUUCCAUGUUUGGAAAACAGACAGGAUUCAUCAGAACUCUUUUAAGUGUUGUGAGAACCGAAGGAAUAGCAGCUUUAUAUUCUGGUCUGAAAGCUACUCUGAUUCGAGCGUUUCCUGCCAAUGCAGCACUAUUUUUGGCUUAUGAAUACAGCAGGAAAAUGAUGAUGAGCCAGUUUGAAGCAUACUGAAGUAUCUUGGUGAGUCUGGAUCCAAGUACAAGCCUUUGGGGACUGUAACUCAGUUUCAUGAAGCUCUAGACCAGUGCGGUACUAUUGUUGACUUCCUGGGAGCUUUGUUUUUGUCUUUCCUUCUUAUACUCUUAAACUUUAUGAAAGAAACUUCAUUUUAUAUCAUAUAAUUUCAGCCCAUAAUUGUAUUCAAAUAGAAAAGUUGCUGCUCUUAUGUUUGGUGAGAUACACAGCGGGAGUGGGUGGUCCUAGGUACCUAAUCUGAAAAGCUAAAUAUAGUUGAGGGAAAAAGAAUUAUAGUUGAGUUUUUGCAUAAAUGUGCAUAUGUACAUGCAGUUUGGUUGGUUAUGUGUUGUGUGAAUUAAAUAGACCUUGGUUCCUGUGUUUAAUCUUAUGUCACAAGAAAAAACCGAGUUAAGCAUGUUUCUGAAGGUGCUUAUAAAUGAUUGCUUAAUCCACUCAAGAUGUAGGGUCUCUGGAAAACUCUGCUUAAAAUGUGCACUGUUCUAGCCAAUUAAAGUUUUUAAAAAGUUUUUGUGUGGUGCUUGAAAACCAAAAUAUCCAUCUACAAUUUUUUGAAUCUACAAUGAUUCAUUUAUUUUAUUUUUUACUGAGGUAACUGAUUUAUAGCAUUAUAUUUCUAUGUACCCUAUA